UGUCUGAGCUGCCUUGACACGCUUUGGUCGCAUUUCAAAAGGACAAGAACAGGAGGUCAUGUCCAUCAUUGCACAGUAUUUAUCCCUGAGAUAUCUCGCGCAGCUAUCACCAGCGAAUUCCCUUCACACUAUCUGCGCACGGAAGCAUGCCCGCCACGAUUCCUAGGUCAUACUCUGCGGAACCAGAAGCAGGUCCCAGCAGCCUUGGCCAACCACACGAGUCCCCGCAGGCCCAGCCGUCAUGGGACGGCCUGCCUUCAUACAACAGCGAGCCGACCAUCCUCCCUCCCGACUUCACAAUUCCAUCCCGUUUCGAGCGCACCUCUGUGUUUUUCCAGGUUCUCGCAGCGGUGUACAGACCACCGGCGCCGAUGCCUACCCGGCGUCGGUGGGUACCUCCCCAAGAGCACCGAGAUAAAUGCAAGGCUAUGGUCCACUUUGCUCCCCCGCUCGUGGACGAAGAUAUGUCUAACGAAGACAACACGAGUGCAUCUCAAGCAACUCCGCCUGACCAGCUGCUAUACAGACCAGCACGGUCGGUGGGAGUGAACCCUAGAUCUUUGCUACCACUUCGAACGGGUUUAAUGUGUGCUGCCUCGAUCGACACUGGUUUUAUCGCCGGAAAACAGAUCAAGUAUAUUUGCAGGAAAUGGAACACCAGCAGAGAGAAGGAAUGGAUCGGUUUUCACUCCGAGCUCGCUCUCUACACGUCAGAACAGUAUCUCAAGCCUCUUCAGGGGGACGUUGUUCCUACUAUCAUUGGUGUGCAUAUCAUGCCCGAAGCUAUUAGCGUCACCAUGGAACUUCCACACGACUCCUUUUGGAUCGAGUCUUCACCGACAAUGCCUGACGUCCUCAAAGAGCGCGUCAUCGCUGCAUUCGAGAAGAUUCACACACGUGGAGUCCUCCAUGGCGACCCUGAGCUGCGCCAUAUGUUGAUUGGUGCAGAUGGCCGAGUGACCAUUAUCGAUUUCGGGAUGAGCCGCGCGAUCACGGCAGACGACUCGGUCGAGCUCGAACACGCAGAGCCGGAAGAAUUUUUAUUGGAAAUGCGCAAGGUCAAGUUCAAGCUUGACUAUCGGGGCGCGAGGAAAAGGGAAGCGGAUAAGGUUCAGGCUUACCUGAACCGAGUGAGGAGGAACGAAAUGAGAAGAAGAAAAUGGGAACGCCGGAAAAACGGAGAUAAGACUGGGUACAUCUCACCUUAUGAGCCCGAGCCUGAGGAUGAGGUGUCAGAACCCCCGGUACACCACCAAGACUUCCGGGAGGACUGGAUGAAGGCAGCCGACGACACACCACACCGCGUAGUUGUCCCCGGACAGACGGAAGUUGACGUCGCUAGUGCCGUGCAAAACUUCAUUGACGUCGUCGGCCACAUGGCACAUGAAACUCCUAGAGAUCACGACACCCUUACCUCCUCUCUUACAAGUGCGUUUUUACGCUCAAAACGGAGAUUCGAUGAAGCGUUUGAACUACCUUCGACGUGGCCUUUCCCCGCAAAACGCCCGCGCUCUGAGUCACCAGAACCCCAUGCAGGACAACGUCACGGUCAGUCCAUUGAUGGCGAUCCGGGCAACAACAACAGCCGCCGAAUGAAACGCGUUACUUUCGGAGGCGAGAGCCACAGACAUAUAGACGCGUUGACCGGUCGGGUUGUCCGAUGCGGAGAGAGGGUGAAGAUAAUUCGCCAAUGUUCUCACCCGAAGUGCUUUAGAACGAGAUGUAGAAGGGCACUUUCUCGGACCCCUUCCUCGUCGAGUAUUCAGGGUCCCGAAGUCCCAGCGGGACCACAACAUGGAUCCCCCAGCUUCACCGUGAUCUCUGCGAUACCCCCUCGUAGCAUCCUGAAGAGAAAAAGAGUCGAAGACUUAGAGGAGCGGCAGGGGGGUGGGCAGUCAGAUGCCGAGCCAAGUAGCACAAUCAGAGACACCGACGACACUGUCGUCCUCAAAAAACCCCGCACCUCAAACCCAUCGCUGUCCACUCCGCAUGCCAGGAGAGUGGGACCUCGACGCCGUCGCAGACGUCCCGGGUCAGCGAUUAACUUGGUGGCACCAGAUCCUUUCGCUUUCGUGCUUCCUGCUUGGAGGAUAUUUUCGACAUUCGUCACGUCUUUAAUUCCAUGGAGGCGCUGAAUGCAUUGGUUAUUUAUCCUAGCUCUAUUUUCGUUUGUCCCUGGACUCGAACUGCGCAAUUAAUUCCUGUAUUCAUUAGUACUACUGUUUUGGCCGGGGUAUCCACCUGAAUUAUUACUUGAUCGCAACACCACAGCGCAAAGCCCCAAACCUGCUCUGAAGGAAUGCUUGGCACUGGCAUGUAUUACCUUGUCCGCCAUAACAUGACAAGCCGCUUGGCGUG